AUGGCCAUCGGCUACGAACGUAUACAAUGCAGGGCAUGCUAUCGUGUACUUGCUAUAGCAUCGGCGAAUGGGCUUGUCCCUGAAAAUUCGGGCCCCCAAGACUGCGACACGUGCUGGCCGUUCAGUGCCUACUACAACGCCGUGCAGAAUGUAGACAGGGAAUGGGCGGAGAUGGAACCAAAGCGUGAUUCGCUGAAGGCGAGGCAGAUUGCGCGCCUAAACCAUAUACAAAUCCACAUGGAGUUUGAUAACUGGUUGCUCAAGAUCGAAGCAGUUCAAGACGGAGAGCCACACACAAAAGGCUCUGCUGAUGAUAUUAAAAAAGGAGGGGAACUCAUACGGAACCUGGAUCAGCAGCAGCAACAACACGUUACAAAACGUAGAUUUUCAGACUCAUCCACCCCCCAGUAUACCACGGAUGACACCCUGUCCGACGAGCUCCCAGACAAGCAAGCGCACGAACAACAAGGUGGAUCUCUCUCCCUCUUCCCUUCUCCAGAGAAGUCAUGCAGAACGAGCCUACUGUCACAUCGCAAGCGUCUAAAGUUCUCCGACAGUGUAGAAUUCCGUGAUGACUACAGGGAUAGCGCAGAGUACUUGCGUACUGACGAAAGCUAUGUACGAGGGCGCUAUGCCCCGCCUGAUGGGUCCGAGUAUCUAGACACCAGCGGCUCGGCCCAGACCUUUCUAAAGUUCUCGGGCGUGAGGAGAGUCAAGGGUAACUGGGUGGAGGUGAGGGACACUGACACUGCAACUAAGCGCAAGGAUAAACAAGCGGCACUUGAAGGGGCGCCAGAUGAUGCUGGGACGCUGAGAGGACCCGCCUGCGAUGCACCCCGCAAGAUCAAUGACAACGAAGGCGCCCCUCGUGAUCAACGGGCCUUGAGACUGGCUCGAAGGACUAAGGAUACUUCAGGCACAAGCGUGAUCCAAGUUAAGCGCCUCGCAAGACCUGCCAAGGACAGUCUCGAUCAAAAGGCCAUGCAAACAUCACUCUCAAGCACAUUUCAGCUCAAUAAAUGA